AUGACCAAUUGUCGAAUACCAUUUGGUAAGGACUUGGAACAUUUCGAUGACAAGUCCAGCGACGAAGAUACUAAUGUAAAUCAUGAUUCUGAAGAUGUGGAAAUACCUUCUACUCUUCAGGAUACUUCUGAUGAAUUAGAUGAUGGUAUGGUCGAAAAUGAUUCAGGUGAUGAAUCCGAUGAAAAUAGUGUUGAUACCGAAAGUAUGAGUGACGAGGAACCACCUAGACAUCGAGCAAAACGUAAACCACAAGUUAAACCAAUACCGGUUAAAAUAUUUUCUUCAAACUCUGGUCGACAAUGGACAUCGAAAGAACCUCCCAAGAAAAAAGUUCCAAUUGCUAAUAUCUUGCGACAGCGAACUGGUGUUGGUCGACCAGCAGCAGAUAUACAAACUCUGAAAGAAGCAUUUCAACUUCUGAUCAUUCAGGAAAUGAUUCUUCUUUUGGUCAAAGAAACCAACCGACGAGCACAUCUAUUCUUGGAACGAUGGAGUGAAGAAAACUCUGUUGAAAAAAGUCAAUGGAGGGACACAGACCUUGAAGAAAUGUGGGCUUUCAUUGGUCUAUUGCUCCUCGCAGGUGUUCAUCGAGCAAAGAAUGAAACUCUGGAUGAACUGUGGUCAAUGAUCAAUGGACGACCAAUAUUUCGAGCAACUAUGACCAAGAACCGUUUCAAAAGCUUGCUGCAAUUUUGCCGAUUUGACAAUACAACAACAAGAGAGGAAAGAUUGAAGGUGGAUAAACUGGCAGCAAUAAGAGAUUUAUGGACAAUGUUUUUAGCUCGCCUACAAAUAUGCUACACGCCUGGUGGAUCACUCACCGUCGACGAACAGCUAAUACCAACUCGUGAUACAGCAUAUCCAUUGAAUGCUGAAGUUUAUUUGGGACGUCAGCCUGGAGCACCAACUGCAGCUAAAGAUAAAGAUCGAAUUCGUAACUUAGUGAAACAGUUGGUGCAUCCUUGGAUCAAUACAGGACCGAAAAUUAUCACGGAUAACUAUUAUACUAGCGCAGAGUUGGCGGAAGAUCUUCUAGGUGUUCAAACAACUUUAGUUGGAACUAUUUGA